AAUUUCAGUUUAACAUAAACUGCAAGUUUUGAUAAACCCGCUAAAGGAGGAUUGGAAUAACCACUUUGUUUGUACAUAAAGAAAAUGGUGCAGAAGAAAAAAGCUAGGGUUUCUGACGACGAGGAAAUGAAAGGGCAGGGAGAUGAAACCAGCCUCUACCAGGUUAUUGGCGUGGAGAGAACUGCUUCUCAGCAGGAAAUAAAGAAGGCUUACUACAAGUUGGCGUUGAGGCUUCAUCCUGAUAAGAACCCUGGUGAUGAGGAAGCUAAAGAGAAAUUCCAACAACUGCAAAAGGUGAUAUCGAUUCUUGGGGAUGAAGAGAAGAGGACACUAUAUGAUCAGACCGGAUGUGUUGACGAUGAUGACCUUGCUGGAGAUGUUGUUCAAAAUCUUCAAGAGUUCUUCAGAACAAUGUACAAGAAGGUCACGGAAGCUGAUAUUGAGGAGUUCGAAACAAACUACAAGGGAUCUGACUCUGAAAAAAAUGAUUUGAUGGAUUUGUACAAGAAGUGCAAGGGUAACAUGAAUAGGCUUUUUUGUUCAAUGCUUUGUUCAGAUCCUAAAUUUGAUUCACACCGAUUCAAGGAUAUUCUAGAUGAGGCUAUAGCUGCUGGAGAAUUAAAGGCAACAAAAGCCUACCAGAAAUGGGCUAAGGAAGUAUCUGAAACCAAACCGCCUCCAAAUCCUUUGAGGAGGGAAAAGUCUAAUAAGCAGUCAGAAACAGAUCUGUAUGCAAUGAUAGCACAACGCCGAAAUGAGAGGAAAGGCCAGUUUGAUUCAAUGUUCUCAUCUCUAGUUUCAAAAUAUGGUGGAGGUGAUAUGCCGGAACCCUCUGAAGAGGAGUUUGAAGCUACACGGCGAAAGCUAGAGACUGGUAGAUCCUCCAAAAAGUCAAAACAAUCCAAGCGAAAUUAAAAAUAAUAUAAGUAGGUGUAUACUGUAUAGUAAAUUUGUUUGUGACAUGACGUUGCCUCCUGUCUUUUAGUUUUCAAGCGUUGGUGUAUUUAGCAGACCUAAAGGGGUGUUGUUUUCAAUUUGUAAGUUGAUGUUAUUUGUUUAUUUUCAAAACUGAGAUGGGACCAUUUUAUUACUUUGCUGCUACGGCAAGUGAUUGGUAUCCUACCAGUUCUUCAUAGGUGUGUUUGCUGUUUAUCUAGUACCAAGGUUGAUAUACUUAAAAUUGAGUUUCCACUAAA